UGGAACUUCCGGGGGAUGGAAAGUUGUCAACAGUUUGGCAAGAGGAGAAGUAAUCUGUAAAUCUGAGUUCAUUACUGUCGCUUUAAAUAAAAAAGCGUCCAGCCAGAAACACCGCCGCGAGAGAAGCGAAGCGACCGUAGCCACGGAUCCGCUGUGCUUUAUCUGAUGCGAACUGAUGGAGAAUAAACUCACUUCUCGGGUGUGGAUGAUCAAUCUCAAAUCGGUGUGCUGGAAUCUAAAGGGGGUUUAAUGUCUGUUUUUCAGUUUAAGGGAAUGUUCUCUCUCCCCAGGGGUUCGAGGUGUGGACGCAACAUGUGAACGGAGUCUUUAGUGUGUUAAAGUUCACAAAAAUGGCAUUACAGACUGAACUUUGGGUUUAAUUCGCAUUUUUGUGGAGUGUUAGGGGCGGACUCAGGCUCAACCCAGAUCCAGAAUCUGUUCUGCACAGGUUUCCCUGCUUGUGUUGGUUCUUUGAGAUUGAACUGCUAUGAUUCCUGUCAUCUGCUGACCUGGUGAGGGUGAAUUUGCUGUUCUGCUCUUAAAGUUGUCGAGAUUCACAUCACCAUUUGGGUUUUUAACGUAUAGCUCUCUGCUUCAGAGGCUAAAGGAACGUUGACAGAAACAGAACUUCUUGUUUUUGUAGUUACCAAACUUGUCCUGCAGCCCUGAAAUGAUGUCCUGACACGUUCAGGCCUUGAGCUGCAGCAAGAACCCAUGUAAAUGCCCUAAUUAUGGUGGUUUUUUCUUAACAUCUCUUGGAUUGGCUGUUUGAUCUUGAAAGAAUCAGAUCUGUGCAUGCAUGGCGAUCGUGAGUCUCUGUAUUGUGUCCUGAGCUGUGAACACACAUACUGCACGACUGCCAGAGGAAACAGCCAUCAGAGCCGAGCCUUGCGCAACCGCUGGGCAGAGAACUGCUCUUAUUACUGUACUGGCUGCAGUUACACUCGAAACAGCCGCAGGGAGGAGGAGGACACAGCCAAGUGCAAUGGAAUAAAUUUGUGUAAGUUUUAGAUUUUUACAGAUUUUUACAUGCAAGUUCACCUGAGGAUGAAGAAUAUGAUUGAUCUAAUCCAGAUUGACGCGAGAGACUGAGCGGAAGACGACCAGUCUCGCUUUCAAAUGCUUAGGAUAUUAGUUUCUUAAAGCUUUUUGCUGUUUGGUUUCUACUGCAAAAUAAUGAACAAAGAUCAAGUUUGGAGCACCCAGGGAUAAACUCAUACCGCUCAGACACACUCGGUCCAGAAUGAGUGGCGGAAAGAAACGAAGUGGUUUUCAAAUCACCAGCGUCACGUCGGACUACAAUCAGGGUUCUGGAGAACACCAUUCGGAUGAGCUGGGAACUCAAAGAGCCACGCCCCCUUCCGUCAGAAACCCCGCCCAUGGGAGGAGCACCAGAAGCCAGACUGCAUCACCCACUCAAAUCCUAUCCAAUGGGCUGUCCCUGCGCCAAAACCCCGCCCUCCAGAUGCUACAGAGCUCCAGUCACCCGAACACGCCCGUCAUGGCUAGGAAGCAGAAUUCGCUGGACGCCACGGGGGCGUCACGUUUCCGCGUCGUGCGUUUGGAUCAAGGACCGGGCGAGCCGUAUAAACGCGGCCGUUGGACAUGUGUCGAUGUGAUGGAGAGGGAAACUGAGGAGCGGGGUCUCCGCCACGUGAUUGACAGCAUGAGACACGCCCACUCUUUGGAGUCUUUAGAGAUGGUCGGGCUGGGCGGAGCCGAAGGAGCGGUAGGCGGAGCCAGACUUAAACCGUUGGCUGUGCACUUAGGUCACUUGGUACACUCACAGGGCACCACCCACCUACUGACAGACUCCGCCCACAUUGGUCCGCCCUCACCCACACACGACCAGUGUGAUUCACAGCCAAUCAUUUCGCCGAACACGCCCCGGACACGCAACAUACCCGCCCCGCUGCGGCUCGACAUGGAUGCCGUUGGAAAGCUUCGGACCACACGCUCACAGCCGGUGUCUCCCAGAGCGCACCUGGGUCGGGAAAGUGCCUUCCAUCCCGCUCUGACGCCCAUCCAGACGCCGUCCGCCCUCGCGCUGGCACAGUCCAUGUUCGGAAUGGGACAAGCGUUUGAGUUCAUGGGAGACGACGGCGGAACUAACAGCAGCAUGAUCGCCAUCGACAACAAGAUCGAGCAAGCCAUGGACCUGGUGAAGUCGCACCUGAUGCUGGCGGUUCGGGAGGAGGUGGAGGUGCUGAGAGAGCAGAUCAAAGAGCUGUCGGAGAGAAACGCUCAGCUAGAGAGAGAGAACUACAUCCUGCGAGCCCUCAGGGACAGAGACUGAGCCAGUCACAUGACACUCACACCAGUGCAUCAUGGGAGAUGUAGUUCAGUAGUUGACCGAUUAAGUGCCUUAAUGACUGAUAGCGCUGCUCGCAUACUCUAAUUAAGAGAUCAUUCUUCAAUGAUGAUUUUUAUGACUCCCUAAACAUUGCCUAUUUAUUACUGUCUCUGUGUGUGUGUGUGUGUGUGUGUGUUUGAAAGAACUGCUCACAACUAGGUUAGUAAGUCUCUGUAUGUUGGCAUGGUUAGAACCAGCACUGGUUGAGAUUUAGUUGAGUUAACUCACCCUCCCUCUCUCUUAGUUGAUUAAUAAUUGAUCUGUAAUGCAUCAAUGACUGCUCUAAUAAAUAACUCUCACUACACCGGCUUUGUGCUGAAUUUAAUGCAGAAAUAAUACUAAUAUACAAACAUCCUCAAAACAAGAAUACGACUCUUUCUUUUGAAAAUAUGUUUGAAUUAAGUUGAGGUUUAACUGGUUUUGACUGGAAACCACGAAAGCUGUAUCCGCAAAAAAAUAAAGAAGUUGAUCUUGAAUUUU